AUGUAUUCAGAUAAUAACAAUGCUCAUUCCGAAAUUAGAAUCAGAUAACUGUUAUACUUUAAAUAGCCACCUUAAACCACUCUACCCACCAAUCGAAGUGCUAUGAAACUUCAGACUCUCGAACAUAAAUUGGGAAGGACCAAUAAAAAUUUUACAGGCUAUUCAAAAAGUUAAAGUGAUACUCGUCCAUUUUUUGAGAAUUUCAUGGAAAAAACAGAUCAAAUAACAUCCUUUGGAUUCAAGUAUCCCUUCAAUGUGGAGGAGUUUUAAAACACCAAUGCAUAAAUUCACUUUUUGGAAGUGUUCACUCAUUCACAGCAAUUAAUACAAAAUUACAUUUCGGAUAGCAAACGCACUUUGGCUCAAUUGAAGGAGUAGUCUAAGCAAAUCAAGGAGGAGAUGGAUUAGAUGAAGGAGCAAACAGAGAGGAAUAUAUAAAAAAUAGAGGAUUAAUUCAAUGAGGCAGUUUAAACGAAGCAAAGGUAAUUGAAGGAGGAUUACGUUGCUUAUUCAACAGAGUCCUAUCGAUUGAAUAAGGAAAUUAGCAAAUUGACUAAGGAUAAAUUGCAUAUGGAAGAAUAGUCUAUUCAUUUGCUAUAGAAAAUAAUCAAAUUAGAGAAACAGAUGCAGGGUGUGGAAAUGGAUUUAAUGUGUGAAAAUGAAUAGGAGUUAUAAUCGUAAUUAAGAGGCACAUUUCAUAACACAAAAAGCAUAACACACUGA